AUCAUUUGCAUAGUGUGGAUUCAUUUGGUUUUAUUUAUGCCACGUCAGUUGCAACCCUGUCUAUUGUCUGGUGCAUUUCUCUCCAUCCAUAAUUACCCUGUUGGCAUUUCAUCAUCAACAAGAGAGCCCUAUCACUCGUGGUGAUAAACUUGGAAAUUUAACUGCAGUCAGCGGAGUCAUCAGUUUGCCAAAGCUUCUCAAGGCAACUGGUAGCCAGGGUGUAAAUCAUAGCAACGAAGAAAAAGAGCUAGCUCUCAAUAAACAAGCUGAGAGGGAGAAGAGAAAACUUGAAGCCAAAAGGAAAGCUGAGGAAAAGCGUCUGGAGCGAGAGAAGAGAAAGCAAGAGCAGCAUCAAAGAGCUACUUUGGCAACAAAAGUUAUUCACGAUGAAAGUAUACUAGAAAAACUAAAUGAAUUAGAAACCAUUGUUCCAUCUGAGGAAGAAAUAACAGAACUUGAUUUGACUCACAUAAGUGAGGUUGUAGAAAGUGACAAUUUUGCCAUGGCAACAAAAGAAACUGAGCUUCAAAUAGAAGAUGAAAGCUGGUCAGAUUGGGGAGACAUUGAUCAGUCAGAAUCAGUAGCCACUGAAGCUAAAGAGCAGGAAAAAGUCAAGGAGGACUGGUCGAAUUGGGGCGAUGAUGAGAAAGGUGAUGAAACUCUACUUGAUGAACCAAAAAGUACUGUUGCUAAGAAACAAGCUGGUGCAAUGAAAAUUAAAAGUGCUGCUAAAAAAUCGAACUCUUCUCCUGGUAGCUCCAAUGUCUCCCCUCGCGAUGAGAAACAACAGAAAGGAGGAAAAAAUGUCACCCCAAAAGACCUUGGAAAGGAGUUUGAAAUUCCUGAUAUCACAGCAAAACUGCCAGAUCCUGAGCCAGACUUCUUUGCGGAUAUGGUGCCAACCGUCAAAAGCAAUGUUGUCUCACUAGAUGAGCUAAUGAAGUCUAGUAAGUCAAAGUCAAAAACAACAAAAGAAAUGAGUAAUAAGGAGAGAGAAGCAAUAGAAGCUGAAAUAGAAGCAGAGUUAUCUGCAUCAUUUGGUGCCAUAGAAACAACAGAUGAGCUGGAAACAGGUUGGGGAGACGAUGAUCUUAAUUUGGAUGUCCAAGCAGAAGAAGAAACAUAAACAACUUCGUGAACAAGAUGUUAUCAAAGCUGUGUCCCCUACCAUUUAGUGGUAUAGUCUUACAUUACCAUCUCACAGAACUUUGGGAUUUUUGUUUUUAUUUUGUAAACUGUCUUCAGACUACUAAUUUAGGUGAUGGUUCUAUCAACCUGCCCACCACGCUAGCUGAAAGACAACAUUUUAGUGAUUUAUGUUAAUCACUUUUAGUCUCUAAAAUAAAUAUUCAUCCCUGGUUUAUAUGCGGUAGAGAUGUUUAUUGGGCUGUUUCGAACAAUUCCAAUGAAAGAGAUAGCGACAUUGAAUGCUAACAAACACAUUCAGCUCUUUGCAUGCAAUGGGCCAUUCCAGUUUAUAUCUG